AUGACCGCCCCAAGGCGGUACGGCCCUCUGUUUCCGCUAGCUGCCCUUGGCAUCUGGUUGCUUAUUUGGGGCCAGCACGGGCAAGAGAGUGUCUCGUGCAUCAAGCCCUCCGUGGCACAGACGUGCCCGAAGGCAGCGAGCCUUCGCGAGGAAGAGGUUGCGCAGCGGCUUUUUCCAGGUGUUGUCUCGGCUCUGCAAUCUAUUCAGAACAGGUCUACGCAGGAUCUGUGGGGUCCUGCAGCAGUGCUGGAGUCUCAAGCCACAGCGGAACAGCGAUUCCAGCGCCGUUCCAACGCUGCCAAUCGUCUAUCCAAGCGCCUAUCCGGCAACAUGCGUGCGAAAGAGGAGCUGGCGACAGCGCUACAGCAGUGGUUUAUGCUUGUGAGCCAACGCCUGGUCGGGCUUAUUACCCAAGUCAGGGCGCUGGGCAGCAAGUUGGACGAGGACACCACUGUGGCGGCCGCCGAGAUGAGGGAUAUUUUGGCAGCACAGCCCUCGGAGCUCACUACGGCUCAGGUUGUCAAGGCGGAGGAGACCAUGGGCCCUAUUUGGUCCCCUUCGCAGGAACACGUGGUGAUGCAGUUGGCUGCAGGCCUCAAGGCUUUUGGAACAGUGCUGCCUGCACCCCUACCUACAGAGCCUGGACCGCACGCCCUCUUCGCCAUGGAGCCUCCGCAGCUACCCUCCGGCCCUGUCCUGGCGCAGGACGGUGCUUCCGAUGUCAGUUUUGGUCAAACUGGACUUCGCGACCUGCCUGGGAUGACCCCGACCUCCACUCCUCUUGCAAACAGAGGUGCAGUGGUGGAUGUCGAGCUACCCCAGGCAGCCCCAGUCCUUGGGCAGCCCGACUCCUUGAGCUUCGGGUCUAUCGCUCCGACCGUGGUCUCUGGGCGAUGGCGGAAGCGCAGUGCAGGCCAUUCCGACCGGCCCUCGAAGAGCCCCAGGCGAGAUCAUGUGGAACCACCUUGGACAAGAGAAGCGACGGGCCGUACGCCCGACUCUGUGCAACGUGCUCCGCAAGUGGCUGUGGUCGACGACGGCCCCGAGCUCAUCCCGGACCCUACGUCCAACAGUACGAGUCCUUGGACGGUGGCGUGGCUUGCUAUGCUCCACUUCUGCACCGAGAACGGAGCGGACCUGAUCGGCGAACUGAGGCAAUGCUCACGUCAAGAUGCAGCCCUGCCACUCACUGUGGAUGCACAGGCCCAGGAGGUUGUAGCGCUUGCUGCCGAAGCUGUCUGGGAAGGCAUGUUGCGUGCGGUGGCCAAACCGGAGCUGGCCCAUCUCCAGUCCCUUCACCGAGAUCUGCGAGAGGUCAUGCAGCAGCUUUGGUUGUGUUCCAAUGCCCUUCCGUCUGCCAGGCAGGGACUUCUUGUGGCUGCUCACUUGACUGCGGGAAGGAUUGUGGACCCGUUCUCGUAUGCGCCCUCAACAGCACAGGAGUGGCUCUUCCCGGACCUACUUCUCGAGGCCGACGCCCCGAUCCGUGGCUUUAUUGCAAAAGAUGCGUCACAGGACUCAAGAGUGCAAGUGCUGCUCCGGAUGCCAUCACCCUUCCUCCGAGUGACCGACUCUGCGGUUCUUUUCGGCCUACGGUCCCAGAUUGUCCUGGCAACGCUCUUGGCAGCUUGGUUGCACCCUUUCUGCCUCCGCGUGGUGGGCUGCGGUUGGGGUAUGGACUUUUACCCCCAUGCCCUCCUUGCCCUGUCUUGGGCUUCGCAUCACUGGAUGACGCUUCUGCUGCUCUACCUUUCAGUUGCCGAUGGCGUCACUCUCCACCUCGGCGCGGCGGUUGUCUCCUCCUGGGGGCUGAGAUCCUCCACUGCUGUGCAAUUACAUGCCCACGGCUUUCAUGAGGGCCUCCCUGUCCUCAGCACGGGGCCGGUUCUGCCCACUCCUACUGCUGAGGAAAUGUGUGAGGUUUACCCUGUCGGCCGCACGGGUAACUUGCUUCUCCCACGCACCGACCGCAGUCGUCGGCACCUUGCUGCCUUUGUGGGUACACCGCCUGGAGCUCCCAUUCUCGAACCUUGCCCUGUCCCUUUCCUGGUUGACGAAUGGUUGCAUGGGCCGCUCUUGCAUGCCCGGCUUGCUGCCACCUUGGGAUUCCCUGCUGGUGUCUUCUCUGUCUCAGCCAUCCGCGGGGUCCUUCCCGGCCUGCCAAGUGAGCAGCUUCUUCUCACUCCGGCUGCCUGUUCAUGGCGUCAAGUCUGGCUGCCCGUUGACCUCCGUCCGCUAGGAGGCCGCAUAUGCAUGCUUAUGUGCCCCCGUGACUCUACUUGCAGAGCCAUUGCGGUCCUUGCUCUCGCGGCUCAGACGAUGCAGACUGAAGUUGACCUUCUGCUUGCUAAGUGCCCCUGGGGAUGGUUGACGCUGAUGUCCCAACCCCUCCUUCUGCAGGACGUCGACACUCUGCAAUUUCAUAUUGGCCCAGCUGCUGAUGCGCUGCAAGGUGAGCCUCCCGACGGCACCCUCAGCCCACGAAGCUUUCCCGGGUUGCGGCACCAGCACCACACGCAUUUACAGGUGUUUCUCAUUACUUGCCGCCUUUGGUGGCCCGGAUCUUCGGUCCGCCUUGAGUUUGCCAACACUGAGAGUGCUCGCGAUGCUGCCGCCGAGCUUUACCGUCAGGCCAUCCGAAUAGGUCGCCCUCAGAUUGAAUACAGUGCUGAUCAUGUUCUUGAGGCUGCGCAGAUCGCGGCUGCUUCGGCUGACGUCCAGAUCCUUCGGGGCACGGCACAUCGGCUUCGCCAAGGCGACGUGGUACGAGUGCGUGUCAACACUGAGGCGCGCACCCUCGAUGUCUCAGCCUUUGUUAUUCCACACAAUGUUGGCACUGCAUCGCGCUGGCUUCAGGAAGGCCGAAUCGUGUCGCUGCUUCAUCCUGUGGCUGGAGUGUUAUCUUUCGAGGUCCCGCGUGCUUGCGACCUUGAUACUUCUGUGCUGGGUGCGUUGUUGCGCAGCGUUACCCCAGGCCAGCAUGUCUUCGUUGCGCUACCCGGAGCUGACCUUCUCCCUCAUGCCGCCUUCGUCGCCGCCUUCCCUGGCCAGGACUGUGUCACAUAUCGGGUGACUGAUGCGUCUGACCCCUCUGCUGUGGGUCUGCACUUGGCCUUUUCCGGCGUCUUUGAAUCUUUCCCGGCCUUUUUGGAAAGUCUUCUUCGCAGCAACCGCCCCGCUGACUUUGCACGGGCCCGGGAGCACCUUUUGAGCCUCAGCUGGGCACCCCCGUCUGUUUGCGGUGCCGGUGUCACACCUGACUCUGCGUCCGAACUCGUUGACCUCUGGUGCGAUGCAUGGCACGUCAAGUGCCUGGUUGCAUGUCUGCCCGGAUUCACCGUGUGGGCCCUUCGAGAGGGGAGCCGACUCUACGGUAUGUGCACCCCUGUCCCCUCCUGGGAAGCUGUUGCACAGGCCCUUUCCCUGUCCCUCUGGGAGCUACCACAAACGUUUCUGUCCAGCGACAGCCGUGUUUGGCCAUUUCCCCGUGACAUCACAGGUGUUGCGAUGCAGUGUGUCAGUGUUGGGUACGACUCUCCUGAAGGAGUCUCCCAACUAGUGCGUAAUUGCGAGGCCGAGACGCCUAGCCCGCCACCGCCCCCGGGCCCUUUGGCCUCUGCUGCUCUUGGCUUGCCUUGCUUGCGGCGGUACUCGCUUUUGUGUGCUCUCAGCCUCCUUCUCCCUGUGGUGUCAGUCCGCGUGAUGGUUGAGCCUGCUCCCUUGUUCUCUCGUCUCGCGGAAUCCGAGACACUGCAAACUCGUCGCGACUUUUCACGGCCCUGCACCAUGUCUUGGACUCACGAGCUUGCCCGGCAGACGCACGGGUUCGCCCUUUCAGCACCUCAACUUGGCGCGUAUGUUACUGGCGCCUCACCUCACCCAGAAGUGCAGAUGCACCUUUGGCUUCCCGGGCAAGGCCCCGUCCACUUGAGGGUUGGUGCACGCCACCUCGAUCAGCAUCUUAGUGCUUACCUUGGCGCCUUCUUGCCAGACUGCGAGUACGGACUGCACGUCGCUUUCGAUUCCAGCCCCCAAGUGCUUGAUCUCAUCGUUUCCCCGCCUUCACCAUAUGGCUGGUGGAUACUGCGUGACUCAAUCGGUUGUGAGCUUCUCCGACCGGUGGUCCAGCACUACACUUCCCAUUGCUCAUUCUUCUUCUGCGCUGUGGAGCCGGAUGGGGCUGUCCAUAACGUUGAGCCCUCUGCCGAAGUCCGACAUAUGUCUCCCUGCCCGCAAGGGGCUCGGGCACUUAUUACUAGUGUUCUUCCGGGAUUAGAGGGUAAACUGGUUGAUGGAGUUCUUAAGAUUGUCGCUGCCCGGGCUCGGCUCCCCUCGCUUCUCGGCAGUCUCGCGUUGCUCCUGCUUUGCCGCCACGUGGCCUCUAUGCAACCUCCCCAACUCCUUGCUCUGGCCCCAGUCGCUGAGGCUUCGCCGCCUCCUCCGACAACCAUUCGCAUCUGGACUCUCAACAUUAAUGCACCCGUUGACCUACCAUGGCGUCCUCAGGGUUACCCGACCCGUUGGUUGAGAGAGCUGAUGUGCCGUCUUCACCAUAUUGACGAUCCCGGUGAGUUCCGGCCCACACAUUCCACUACGGACAGCUCCGUCCAGCAUGUCCUUUUCGUGCCGGUCGUUCCUGCUACGCGACCCACGGUCCGGUUUUGGCUGCUCCACUGGGGGGACGCUGCGGCUGUUACUUUCGGGCAUUCGCCCUUUAGUUGGGAUGUCGUCUCUGCCCAUCUCAGAGCUCUCUUCCCGGGGGGCCUUUUACCAGAGCGGAGCCCCGCUCUCUCCUACGCCGGUCAGCUGUACCCGCCAGGAGUUGCCUUGCCUGAUUUUCCAUCCGGAGCUGUCAUUCAGAUUUUGAUUGGUGCUCUUGCAAGGAUCCCGGGCGAUGAUGACCCUUGGAACCCGGAUCCCCUGGUGGUUGAGGGACCUUACUUCCGGCAUGUUCCGAGUAGGGGUCCAGCGCUAGAACCUGCCAUCCUCCUCGAUGGCCACGGGAACCGACGUGCCGCCGGCGCAUCGCAUGUGCCUUUGAUUGACCAGGAAGUCCAAACGGACCUCUCAGGCAAUGGCACCGGCCUUGAUCAUGCUACGGUUUCCCGAGUUCACAUGCUGUCUCAGGAGCUUUCUUUUCACACUUCACGACUCUGGGCCGGACUUGCUGAACCGGAUGCAGAACCGGCUGGGGAAUCGCAACCUGUUCUGCGACUCGCCUCGCAAAGUACUUGUGCUGCGGUCAGCCCCUCCACUGUUGAUCUGCUCGAUAUUGCGAGUGUGUCGAACUGCCGGCGACAGGAUAGGCUUUCGGUGGUUGUUCUUUCCUUAGUCUGCACUCGGGGUUUAUUUGGACCUUCGGCUUUCGGGCGCCUCCUUGUCCUCGCAACCGUAGGUGCAGGUUCGAUUAUCAGUGCGCCGCCUGCUAGUUCAGAUGACGAACAGUCCGAGGAUGCAGGCCCACCACCUGUCCAAGCCUUCAACAUGUCUGCCGCUGAGCCCACCCCGGUCUCUCGACCUGCCGGCCCACCACCACCAGAGCCUGUCAAUGCUCCUUUCCAGCCUCGUAUGUGGUUCCUCCGCGCCGCCCGGCCGCUGGAGGACUAUGCGCUAGGCCUCUGGCCGUCUUCAGUUGAAAGGGAGCCCGCCGCGGACGAGGACACUGUCCGCCGUGUUCAAGCCGAUUUGCUUGGUCUUCAACGAGGCCUGCGGACCUUUGCUGCCGCUAUUCCCCUUGGCACCCCCUUCUGCAUUCACAAUCCCUUCACCGCCCGACAGCAAUGCGAGCUUGUUGAGUAUUCUGCUGGCCCUGAGAUCAAUCCCUUUGUUUUAUUCAGGGGACACGCCCGCAGCCGGGGUUGGGCCGAUAUUGUGCUCCUGCAACCGCAGCCUGAUGCUACUGCUGUACACCUUAUCGGGUGUCCGCAAGCACCUGGGAACGCAGCUGUCGGUAUUGUGCUGGAAGGCCGCCUUGUGCCCUGCUGUCUCCCGGUCUGUGUUGGGACCGCGGCAUUACGUGCUCUGCAGCUUGACGGGAGUGAGUACGAUCUUCGCCCCCCUGAGGUUCAGGAAGGGUCCUCGGUCGUCCAGUUCCGCAAUGGCGACUGUCUGGCUGUGCGACCCCGCUCUCAGUCACGGUCUCCUCCUCCGCCGGAACAAGUCGCCGCCUUUGCUGCCCUGACCAGCGAAGCUGAACUUGCUGCCGGCAGCCCCGACAUCCCCUUCUCCUCACAAGGUCGCCCCGUUUUGUCUUGGGGCUGUUUCUCACUGAUCUUCUGCCGGUUUACCCCAUCAAUGUGCCUCUCUCUUGGACUCCUUGCUGGCGCUGCUCUAGCACAAGGCAUGCAUAGACCAGGUGGAUUUCCUUGGGGUACCGAUCCAAUCAACCGUGACUUUUCCGCCAUUACGGCAGAGGACCCGGUCUAUGUUGUUCUGCAUAGUCCCUUCUUGGGGGUGUUUCCCCCAUACACAGCCUCCCAUGACACUCGCCACGGUCAAGUCUGGGCUCAGUUCCUCAACGACGACCCGGGAUGGGCAUCUGAUUUCUUUCCUGUGUGGCCGGGCCCCGCCUUCAACGAGUUGUCUAUGGUCCCGGUGGGACAAGAUGCGGCCCUUGUGACCAUUAUGCUGAUGUGGCGGGGCCACCAUAGGGCCACGCUUACUCCGCGGACCAUGACAGUGGCGUGGUUGACAGCCUUUAUCUCGCGUCACAUCAAUAGCCCCGUUGAUGGCAUUUCCCUGCCGCACGGGCUCGCGAUCUGCGAGCUCUUUGAUGUUCCGCCCGCGGCUUUCCGUUUUCGCAACGGCGAUGUCGUGUACAUCCAUGACCCUCCGGAGGACCCUUCUGAGCCGCUCGAGUUUGUCGAUCCUUGGCACCUGCAGGAUGGCCUUGCAGCUCCCCACGCUCCCUGGGCUACGGGCUUUCAACUUAUGUUCGGCAUUUCUGUGCACCUGCUUCGCCCUAAUCGCCCACCCCUGUUGGCCUCUGUCUCAGCUGGAGAAGCCUGGUGCCCAGAAUCCUUUACGUUCACCGGCACUUUCCGUAACCACUUUCCGGGCAUGUGGACACCCGUUCAGUGGUCCGGUGCCCGGGCAUUGCAAUUGAUCGAGGUCCAUGGUGUUGCGGCUCAGGUUAACGUGGUUGCUGCCUCUCCCGAAGGCCGCCUCUGCCGUACCGUUGAUCGGAUCGCCUCGCGCGAUAGCCUUGCCGAUCAACUGCACUUCCUCCCUGGAUCCCUGCAAGUGGGGGGAGUUCCCUCCUACGCUCUCAAUCAGGCCUGUGAGCUUCGGAAUGGGGAUGUCGUGUUCGGCGACUUUGCCCGAGGGGCCUGCAGCGGCCGUCCACUUCUGUGGGGUUUGGCCCUGGGCCUCGUCCCAGCUUUCUCCUCCUGUCGUACGGGCACCUUUCUUUCGAUUCUGCUGGGUUCCCUUGGGGCCCAUUCCGGCUUUUUCUCCCGUCUUCUUAUGCUGACCUGGUGCCUACAUGGCGCGCAAGCUAUGGUUCCGGAAACUUCGGUGUUGAGCCAGACCACAUCCUCGGUUAUUCCACCAGCUGCCCCACCCAGGGUCUCGGUCACUGUUGCCAACCCUUUUGCGCCAUGGCAUCGUGUUGAGGCCGACCCACGUCACCUUUUCGAUGAUGUUAUGGCAGACGCCCACCGCACUUUGACAUCAUGGCACCGGGGAUUUGCUGCCACUGGCCUGGUUUUAGAAGGGCCAAAUGGGACGCAGCGGCAGCUACAGUGCUACAUCAUGAGGUUGAGCUUGGCCACCACCGCUGGGCCCCCUGCCAUGGUUGCUCAGACUGGGUUCUUUCUGCUGCAUUCGGUCUCCUGGGGAGGCGCCCUCUCCUCCCUGCCCAACUCGCUCUUGUCUUCUUCGGGCUUCUUGAACCUGUGUGGGGAGCGUCCUCCAGUGCCUCUGGCCGCUGCCCCAGCGCGGUUCUUUCCCCCUGCCAUCGAUUUCAAUGAUGGGGAGCCCUAUGUUCCGCUAGGUGGCUGGCAGCCCGAUAACCCUGAUGGCCCACUCGCACGUUACUUCCCUGGUCCCCGACCACUCACGGCUCGUGUUUUGUGCCCCCUGAGGGGCUGGAGCGAGACCAGCUUCCUUGACACGACCAGAUCAUGGCGGUCUAUCGAGCAGGAAGGUACGCGCCACUGCGGGCUUUGGGCCCAUCGCUUCUUCCCUGUCCGGGCGGUGCUCCCAAUUUCGCAGAUCACAAUCGCUCCGGUUGCCCCAUACGGUCUUGCUACUGUGGCCCUGCACAUUGAGGGUUGUUCGGCCGUUGCUUUUGCCUCGGUGGACUCGUCUCUCGAUGACAUUCACCGGCUUGCUGUUCGCGUCUUUCCUCACACCCGGUUUUGGCGCGUCAUAGCACCACCUGUGCUGCGCACUACCAUCCCGAAUGCGCAUAUCCGGCUCCGCAACGGCGAUGCUUUUAGCCUCCUUCCCGAGCCUUCCGAUCCGGGUGCUACCCGUUAUCCCUUGCUGCAGUAUGCCUCUCUGGACCGGGCACGGCAAGUUGCCAGCUGGUCGCUCCCUUUUCGCUUUGACUCGGGCGGCUACGUCUGCCUGUGGUAUACGGGCCGUCGAUCUGGCCACAGUAUUCGGAUCAGGGAUACCGGCUAUUGGGAUCCCGAGGGCCCCACCUUCUGGAGUCUUAAUGGCAGAGCGCUGUCAGGGUCGUGGGUCCCUGUCCUCUCUGGGGAUUUCUCCAGUCUGCACCUGGUACACAGCACCUCCACUGGUGAGGCCCAUGUCCUUCUCUUACUGCCCCCCGAUCUUGAGCCUCAGGGGUUGUUGCUCGCUGGUUGCAAUGCCUACCGUGCACCACCUGGGUGGCGCCUUCUACCUGCUCUGCAGUACGUUCGGGCAGACAGUCCUCUCCGAGAUGGAGAUGUCCUCGUGCUGGACCCGACUGCUGAUACGGUUUGGGACCCUACCGGACCGCCCCCGCAAAGCCUUGCGGGUCCGGCCCCGGGCCCAGUUGCGCGCCCAUGCUGGGGGCCCUCGUCUUCUGCUGCCGCCGCCAUCUCUGGUCGCUGGGCUUGGCUUGCGGUCCUUUCGGCCAGAUGGCCCCGGCUUCUCGCCCUGGCUUGCUUGGUUUGUGCCGGUCAGGGUAUGGCUCCCGCACUGGAUUUGCCGGAACAGCCAAUUCGUGUGGGUUUCUUCCCGUGGCGGGCCGCAGCCGCUGCGGCUGAUCUGGUUGAUCUCACCAACCGCACAGAGAUUGACAUUGUCCUUCUUAGUCCCUUCACAGGUCCCCAGGAGGCUGGGCGACUGCCCACUGCCUCGACUACCGGAGAGCUCAAUGCUCUCACACGCUCCUGCGACCCAGCUUGGGGUGCUGAAGUUGCACCUGUGUGGCCGACAGCUGCCAUACCGGCCCUACUGGUUGUUCCCCGUCCCCUGACGCCAGACCUUGUCUGUUUAGCGGUCUCCUCCUUGGAUCGGCACUUCUCUAUCCUUGUGCCCUGCACUACCUCUGUGUCCUGGCUGGGCGCGGCUCUCCGCUUCCUACAGCCGAUGCAAACUCUCUCGGUUCGUGCACCCAGUGCUCUCACAGCCGAUGCCACAUCUGACCAAGGCGUGCGCUGGCGAUCUGGAGACCUGGUUGUUGCAUUGCCUCCUGCAGCUUUUGCGCCCGAAUACCAGCCCCCGUGCUUUCAUUCCGACGCUCAAGUGCGGCAUUGCGCCAUUUGGGCUGUUGAUUUCUCGGUCUCCACCCGUGUCAACUUCAUACUCUGGAGGCCUGCUGUUCGAGCCAUCCGGGGACACGCACCGGCAGGCAGCCGCUGGCGUGCUCUUGAUUAUACUUUUGAUGGUGACUUUAGCCUCCACUACCCUGGGCGUUGGGUUCCGGUUCCCUGGAUCGCCCAGGAUCACGCCCACUUGGUUUUGCUGCCGGAGGACCCUUCGAGGGUCAAUGUCAUUGUGGAAGCAGACGGCCAUUGCUGGUGUGCCCUUGUCACAGCCGUUACCGAUGCCUGGCAACUCUGGACUGAGCUCCCAUCUAUCUCUUCUCAGCCCCGCGUCCUUGGUGUCCCACACCAGGAACUGCGCCAAGGGACGACCCUUCGCAGCGGCGAUGUUGUUUCCGGCUGUCCAGGACUCUCCCCCUCCUGUUGGCUCCCCUGCUCUUUGGGGCUUGCAGCUUGGUGGGCACUCGGCUCUGCCUCUUCGGCCCCUGGCUAUCUUCUCAUGUUUGCUGGGCUGCUCGCUCUCCCCCCGGUGUCGGGGGCACGUCUUCCCCACGAGGGCGGCAGUCGACAAUGGUCUUUGGCAACGUCAAACUGUGACGGGUCAGCUGCCGAACCGCCUGGCUUUCGCCACCGCCUCUGGGACCCCGCUAGGGGCCUCCUUGGACCUUUUCCGGGACCAUCUCUGUUUGUCCCACCUGCUCUCCAGGAGGCCGCACCCGCUUGGUCCGAUUUCACCAGGGUUCGACCACCUCAGGACCACCGGUUCAUCGAUUGGGUCCCGGUACCUUCGGCUCCGCUGUUUGCCACUGUGCUGCUCCAGUGCCCGCCUGCCACUAGAGCUGCACUUCUUCCCGCUACCUGUGCUGUGGCUGAUCUUGCACGAGCCAGCAGCCACUUUAUUCCUGACUUGUCAUACGUCUUGGCUCCCCCGGAGGCUUGGUGCGGUACUGCUACGACCUGUACCCCCACCUUAUUCCUCCGGUCUGGUGACGUCUUGACUCUGGCCAGCGCGCAUUCACUUACCCAUGCACCAGCAGGUCGAGGGCCCGCUGUCCAGUGCCCUUCCACCGAGGUGCCCUGUGCGGCUCCGUCGCUAGAGCCCCAGCAACCGUUGCCGCUAGCACCCUCGCUAUCCCUCCGCAUUGUUACGGCUAACGUUCAAACCAUGCGGGACUCUUGUGCCUCCUUCUUCAAUCCGUCGGGUCAUGGCCAGCGGCGUCAAUACUUGUACUCUCAAGUCGCCCAGUUGGGCCUCGAUGUGGUCUGCCUUCAGGAGACGCGCAGCAAAGGGGGCCGAUGGGAUACAGCCGGCCUUCUCACCUGGCGCUCCGGUGCCCAAAAAGGUAGCUACGGUUGCGAAAUUUGGGUUAGGCCCCAGAUGGUUAACCCCCCCCUCCGCCUGGAUGAUUGGCGGAUUGCCUGUGCUGACCCAAGACUUUUAGUCAUAGUCUGUAAACGGGCGGACCUCCCUUUGGCCGUUGUAGCGGCGCAUGCUCCACACGCCGACAGACCAGUGCCCGAAAUCCACCACUUUUGGUCCUCACUGCAAUCUCAGCUGUGCCAGCUCCCACGGGCCCUCACUUUAGUCCUGGGUCUCGAUGCUAACGCUGAUCUCCUUUGGGCCGAUGACGACCGUGCCUAUAUCGGGGAUGCUCUCGGUAAUGGUGAAGAAGGCGCGGGCGAGCAAGGCCUCUUUGAUACCAUCCAGCGUUUUGGCCUCCUCGCCCCCGCCUCCUUCUCGGACCUUCAGGACGGCCCGGGCUGGUCCUGGGAGCAUACUGGCGGCACCCGCAAGCGUCUAGACCAUAUCUUGCUCCAGGCUGGCCCCUGGUCCUGCCGUCGCACCCGACAGCUUCCUGAGCUGGACAUUCUCAAUGGUCGUCGGGAUCAUAUGCCGCUUCUGGCACGGGCCAUUGCUGCCGAUCUCUGGGGAGCUCUGCCGUCCACCUUCCGGCACAUUGACAGCGUGGGAGCUGAAGUGCAGGCUCUUAAGACCAAGCACUCCUGCUUGCUCCGGGCCCUUCCUCGCCCUCCACGCCGCCCCAUCCGACAGCCCUACAUCACAGCGGCCUCUGUUGCCGCACUCGAUCGAGUUCGGCAGGCGCGAGAACAGCUCCCCCGGCUGCGGACCAAUCUGGAGUGGCAGCAGCGUCGCUUUCUCUUGCAAGUCUGGCGUCUGGGUUGCACACACCGGCACCCCGAUGCUGCACCCCUGCGCCCUGAUCCGACGGGCCUGCAGCAUGCCCGCCUCCUUCUCCAGGCUUGUAAUCUUCAUGUUCGGGGGCUUCAGCAGAAGGCCCACUAUCUUGCUAGGUCCGACAAGCUGGCUCAUUUCCGCACACUUACUCUGGAAGCGACCAAACACUGGGAAGCUACUGGAGUCCCUCUGGAAUCCAUCCGGCAUCUGCGUUGGGCCUCCCGCAAGGCACACGAGCGCCGGUCUGUCCACGCAGCCGGUGGUUUCGACAUUGAUAGUGAGUUGGAGGCCCAGUUCCGUGAUCAGGAGGGGGCCAGUCUGGUCAGCCCAGUGCAGCUCUCCAGCGCCGCUGAGCGAUGGAUGAAUGAACCGCGCCUCCCGUGCGCCGAGGCGGUUCCCACCCUCUUGCAGAUGGAACAAAUGUGUGUCCGACAGGCGGCCGCCAAGGCCCCAGGACCAGACGGACUGCGGAACGAGCUCUGGCGCGCGCAGGGAGCCUCAGCAGGGCAGUGGCUCUGGCCCCUGUGCGUGCGCAUCGCUCUCCAAGGAAGGGAGCCUUUUGCCUUUAAGGCUGCCAUUGUAUGCGCCCUUUACAAGAAGGGCCCUGCCUCUCUUCCUGCCAAUUACCGCUCUAUCGCGCUAUUGAACGGCAUCGCGAAGCUCUGGCAUUCGCACCUACGCUCCACUGUGGGUGGCCACGUCUUGUCGCGAUACGAGCCUAUGCAGCUUGGGGGCCGCAAAGGUGUCCACACAGGAUUUGCGUUGGCCGCCUUCCGUUGUGCCUGGGACCUUUCCAUCUCUGCCGGCCGAUGUGUUGCCGUGGUCUUCGUCGAUAUCCAGGCCGCGUACUAUGAGGCCAGCCGGGAUCUCCUCUUUGAAGGCUUUCCUGAUGACGUUGCCCUGCCAGAGCAUCACCACCUUGCUGGGCUGGUUCUCAGCCUUCAACAACAAGGGGCCCUAGCUGCCUUGGGGGUUGCAGAGGACGUUGUUGCGCUCCUCCGUGACUGCGUCGCCCUCUCCCACUGGUCACUCUCUGGCUCUUCCAACAUUUUUCUUGCGUCACGGGGGUCUCGUCCAGGUGACGGCCUAGCUGAUAUCCUUUUUGGGGCCCUCUUCGCUGUCGGUCUUCAGCAUAUCCAGCGCGUUGCCACCCGCCAGGGCAUUGUUCACACCAGCGCCGGCGCUGAAGUCGGCCUCUCCCCAGGGGUCAAGCCCAUCGGCUGGGCUGACGACCUUGCGGUUAUGGCCGAUUUUGACCGACCAGCUGAUCUUCUUGUUCAACUGCCCGUGCUGGUCGGCAUUAUCCUUGACACUCUCCGACUCCUCCGAUUUCGUGUUAAUUUGGGUGCGGGUAAAACUGAGGCCCUUGUUGACAUCCGGGGGGAGGGCGCUCGGGCGGCCCGCGGAGUUCUCCUUACUGGCGAUGCCAUGUUAAAGAUCUCUGAUUCUGACAGCAUCAGGUUGUGUCCCGAGUAUAAGUAUCUGGGUGUGGCUCAGCUGCCUCGGGAUACGGGCCGCCGCGAUUGUGAGCUUGCCGCCCAACGAGGCGCCGCUGCGGCCUCCCUUGCCCGCACCCUCCUCUGCAGCAAUUGCUUGCCCUGGGAACUUAAACGGGCUUGGGUCGCGGGACGAGUCCUGCCCUCCGCGUAUUCCUCCCUUGCUAUGUCUCUGGCCGACUCCGGCCGUGCCACGGCCCCUCUCGCUGGCCUCUUCGAUCGCACGGCCAGGAUCCUGUUGUCCUCGUGGCAGGUCGGGCACAAGCUCACCACCCCACUGCUUCGGCUCCUCGCUGACAUUACUCCUCCUGACCUGGCUACUACCAUCAGUCAGUGUCGCCUUUGCGUCCAGCUCUUUUGCAAAGCACCCACGGCGGUGCGUGAAAUCGUCGACGCGGCGUGGAACAGGGCCCUCCCUUGGUGCCAGGCCCUCGUUGCAGCAUGUAUGAGGGUUGGCGUUGCGCUUGAAGUUUGGGACCCUAACUCCCCCCCCGCCGUCACGGUUCUGUUUGUUCAUACCCACAGCCGUGCCCUCCUUCGCGCCUGCAAGGCACUCAGCAAGUUUGGACAUAGGUACUUUGCCUGUGCUCAGCUGUGGGAUGACCUCUCUACCCGUAAGGCCACCCAAAUUCUAGGACCCCCCCAGGCCCAUCGAUGCCCGGUGUGCAGCAUCAUCUUCCCGAGCCUGCACGCGGUCAGAGCCCACAUGCAUCGCAAACAUGGCGUGCUGUCCGAUGUGACUGCCUACAUGGCCGGCUCUGUUUGCCUCUGGUGUAUGCACGAUUUCCACUCUUCGGAUCGGCUGAAAUACCAUCUGCAAUCCCACCGGGCCUGCUUGCAUGGACUUCGGGUGACGGUAGGGCCUGUCUACCAAUAUGGGUCGGGCACCAAACGCAAGGGUAGAACGGCCCACAGGGGUGUUCCCCCACAACGCCUAUGCGGGCCCUGCAAUGCCACCCCAGCACAGCGUCGGGCCGCGGAUCUGGGCCUGCCUGCUGAUGAGGAGGAGCUGCAACAGGAGUGGGAUACAGUGCAGCGCUCACCGGCCCUCUCCGACCUCGUCCCCGGCAACCUGCAACGGGCCGUCACAGGGUCCUCCAUUGCUGCUCCAACCCCUGCCGGACUUGGCUCUCUCCAAGCUACGGCUCCAGUUUCGGAGCCCUCCCUGUCUCGCCUCGCCUCAUCUUUGUCAUUUGUGGGUUCCUUGCCCUCUUGGUUCUCCUUUGUCGAUGGGGCCGCCUCAGGCAAGGAUUGGGCUCUGCCUACACCCUGGUGGCCCGGGCUUCUCGCCAUGGGUGGGGUCUUUCGGCUUCCCCCAUCGUGGCAUUGCUUCUGGCCCCUGUGGUCAGCCUUGGAGCUCCUUGCCCCUUGGGAGUUCCGGGCCUUCCGGUCGCUUGGCGUCCUCCGUCGCGCCUCGUCUUCCGGGCUUGGUGCUCCUGUGUCUCUUGGCGAUGCGACCUCCGGCAGAUGGUCUCUGUUGGGGAUUGCUGCAGCCUUGAUCUCCUUCCGCAUGUCCUGUAAGGUUGUUCUGCGGUUUGGCGCCCUCUGGAUUCCCGGGCGCCCCAGUCAACAGGGCCUUGUCCUCUUGCGGCGGCUGCUUCCUUCUGCCGUCUUCUUGGACUUCUGGUCCCCUGCUGGUCCUGUUUUCCUGGCUGCGAGCUCUGCUUCCUUGGCCUCGUCUGCUCGCGCCAUCAUUGCCGGUUCUGCUCCUGCGGCCCCGCCCCCGCUUUCCUUGCGGGCUUUCUGGGCCUAUCCGGCUGCCUGA